AUGAAAUUCAGCUGUCUACUUCUGCGCUGCUUAUUCUUUGUAGCCGUUCUCUUUUGGGGAGUGACUUUCACGCUCCAAGGUCAAUGCCGAAGACUAAGGUUUGCCUCACCAUUUCAUAACAAAGCCCUUGUUGGUCAUGUGAUUAAGAACCUAACUUUAACCUUGGGACUGCGUAGUUCUUGUAGAGGGCAAUGCACUCUGGAAGACAACUGUGUGUCUUAUAACAUUGGUCCUCCGAUAAAAGACCAAGUUUCGUGUCAGCUGAGUGAUUCUGAUCACGUCCAGCAUCCUGAUGAUCUUGUAACUCGAGAAGGGUUCAUGUAUCAGAGCAGUGAGAACUUAUGCUCAAGUAACCCUUGUCUUCACAAUACGACUUGCUUAAACGGAUAUACGGAAAAAGGAUACCUAUGUCUGUGCCAGUUUGGUUAUACUGGGAAGAAGUGUAAAAUAGGAACUAGCUGUAGUGAUCUGCUAGACUCGUAA